AUGAAACUGACAUCGACCGCCGUCCUGGGCUUGGCCACUGCCGCCUCCGCCAAGGUGUGCAAGCCCAAAAUCGACUCCGCAUCCCUCCAGGCCGAUAUCAAGACCGAAAACCUCUGGAAGCAUCUUGAGAAGCUCAACGAGAUCGCCUUUACUGUGGGCAACGGCAACCGCGCCUUUGGCCUCCCCGGCUACGAGGCCUCGGUCGACUAUAUCUGGUCCCAGAUUAGCAACGUCAACGGCACCAAGGCCUGGAAGCAGGACUUCCCCGCGUGGUUCGGCCAGGUCACCUCUGUCUCCCUCAAGGUCGACGAGGAGGACUACUACGUCUAUGGCCUCACGUACUCCCCCUCCACCCCGGAGGAUGGCGUCGAGGCCGAGCUCGUGCUGGCGCCCCAGGGCGCGGACGGCUGCGACCCGGGCAACUAUCCCGACGUCGAGGGCAAGAUUGUCCUGACGCAGAGGUUCCGCUGCCCGACCGGUGGCACGCUGGCGGGUCGCGUCGCGCCGGCUGCGCAGUUGGGCGCCAAGGGCGUCAUCAUCUACCACGACCUAACCACCACGCCCACGGCUGGAUCGCUAGGCGAGGUCAACCUGGACAAGUACGUCGCCGCCGGCUUCAUCCACAAGGCAGAUGGCGAGGCGCUCAGGGCGCGCAUCGAGGGGGGCGAGACUGUCAUGGCCCACUGGCAGCAGACCCAGAUUGUGGAGGAACGCAUCACCCAGAACGUCUUUGUCGAGACGGAGCAGGGUGACCCCAGCAACCUCGGUGCCCAUCUCGACAGUGUCCAGGCCGGCCCCGGCAUCAACGAUGACGGCUCUGGCACCUCGCUCAUCCUCGAGAUCUUCAAGGCCACCCAGAACUACCGCUUCAAGAACAAGCUCCGCUUCGCGUGGUGGGGGGCCGAGGAGAACGGCCUACUCGGGUCCGAGUACUACUGCAGCACCCUCGAGACGGACGAGGUCAACAGCCUCCUCGCCUACCUCAACUACGACAUGGUCUCGCGGGGCUACUACGGCGUCAGCGACAAUGACGGGCGUGCCCACGGCAGCGUGGCGCCCAGGGGCUCCGAGGUGAUCCAGGACAUCUACCUGGACUGGUUUGCCGGUCAGGGGCUGGAGACCACCCCGGCCAUCCUGACCAACGGCUCGGACUACGCCUCCUUCUGGGGCAUCCUGAACAAGCCGUUUGGCUUCUUGAACACGGGCACGGGCGUCGCCCAGGACGAUUGCUACCACCAGGCAUGCGACACCAUUGACAACCCGGACAAGGUCGUCAUCACAAACAACGCAAAGGCCGCCGCGAACAUGGUCGCCAUCCUGUCCAUGGAGGGCCACGAGCUCAUCCCCAAGGAGUCCAUCAACGCCACCAUGCACAUCCUCGGUCUCGAACGCCGCGCCCUGGACAUUGAGGAGCUCCUGGCCAAGGGCGAACACUCCCUCGGCUGUGGCCACGACCUGUAG